UCAGAAUUCUGCCACCCGAAGUCGGCGGCUCACGAACAUGACGAGUAUCGGGAUCAGCAUGUACGCAUGUAUCAAAGAGGGCGUCGGUAUGAAGACGUCGUGCUAUAAAACCUCACCUCAAUCCAUCCAGUUCACCUUUGGAAAUCAAGCAGCUCAGUUGAUCUGAACGCCCAUUACCUGUCCUUUCCAACGAAAAAACCUUCAAAUCUACAUUCCUUCUACUUUCUUACUUUUUAAUCGUCCUUCACUUUGCCCUCCCACCCAUUCACUCAAUCUACAAGAUGAAGCUCUCCGCAUUCGCCAUUGCCUGUAUCCUGGGCUACACCUCCGCCCUGCCCGUCUUCGGCGAACAGGCUCCCACACAAACUGGUGUUCAGCCCACCGGCACUGCGGCCUUUCAGAACCCUCCGCCGUCUGGCUCUGCUGGACCUGCUCCCUCCGGUGGCCCUGGUGGCUUCGGUCAACAUGGUGGACACGGUGGUUCUGGAGACGCUCCCGCUGGCGGUCAGGCAUUCCCCUCUGUGACUUUCGCCGGUGCUGCUCCUUCCGGGGGUCCUGAGGACCACCAGAAGCGUCAGGUCGAGAUCCCGGCCUCCUUCACCGAAGGUGGCUCUGCUCCCACCGCUGCUCCUUCUGGUGGCUUUGGGGGCGCUUCUCCCUCCGGCUCGUUUGGAGGCACUGUUCCCUCCGGAUUUCCCAACGGUCCCUCUCCCUCUGGCGGAUUUGGUGGUCAGGGUGGCGCUUCUCCAUCUGGCUUCCCCGGUGGUGCUUAUCCCUCUGGAUUCCCAGGCGGUGCCUCUCCCUCUGGCUUCCCCGGCGGUGCUUCUCCCUCUGGCUUCCCCGGCGGUGCCUCUCCCUCUGGCUUCCCCGAGGGUGCUUCCCCCUCCGGCUCCCCUCAGCAGGGUCACGGCUCGCACGGCCACCACGGCGGCCACAGCGGCCACAAGCAAGGCCAGUCCUCACACAGCGCUUCCUCUGAAUCCGAGCAGAAGGUCGAGCGCCGCCAGUUUGAGCAGAACCAGGGUUCCUCCUCCGAGGGAUCCUCCCACGAGGGCGGACAUGGCGGACAGGGCCACGAGGGUGGCUCUUCCGGCUCCAGCGGCAGCUCUUCCGAAGGCCCCUCUCCCUCCGGCACCGUUGGUGGCUCUUUCCCCUCCGGCUCCUUCGGCGGCCAGGGCGCUUCUCCCUCUGGCUUUGCUAGCGGUGGCUCUUCUGGCUUCGGAGGUCAGGGUGCCUCCCCGUCCGGUUUCCCGGGUGGCGCUUCUCCUUCCGGCUCUGUUGGUGGGCAAGGUCCCUCGCCCUCCGGUUCUUUCAGUGGCCAGGGCCCGUCUCCUUCUGGCUCCUUCGGUGGUGCCGGGGCUGAGCCCUCGGGCGCUCCUUCCGGCGCUGCCCCCACCGGUGCCUCCGGCUCUUUCUAGGCUUGUGCUGCAAGAAUCUGUUGCUCGGACUGGAUGUACACUCCUUUGACUGUUUGAUGUGUAUGUUGUGAC